AUGGCGAACACGGCGUUGAAGACAUUCAGCAUCGAGAACGACAUUGUAGAGCUCUCUCCACAAGAUGAUAUCUAUAAGUUUGACCCGGAAGCUGACAGAAAGAUAAAUCGCGAGUCACCAUGGAGCAAAGACCCUCAUUACUUUAAGUCAUGCAAAAUAUCAGCCGUCGCACUGAUCAAGAUGGUUAUGCACGCUCGUUCAGGUGUUCCAUACGAAAUCAUGGGCAUGUUACAAGGAAAGGUCGUUGGAACGUCGCUGGUCAUUCUAGACUCCUUUGCGCUACCUGUUCAGGGCACGGAGACGCGUGUAAAUGCCGGUGCAGAGGCAACAGAGUAUAUGGUGGCGUAUUAUCAAGGUAGCCAAAGUGCUGGAAGACCGGAGAAUUUAGUUGGCUGGUAUCAUUCUCACCCUGGUUAUGGCUGUUGGCUAUCUGGUAUAGACGUCAGCACUCAGAUGAACAACCAAAAGCAUACAGAUCCGUUUGUUGCUGUGGUUGUUGAUCCAAAUCGCACCAUGACCGCAGGCAAAGUCGACAUUGGCGCCUUUCGCACGUACCCGGAGAACUACACUCCUGCAAACGUUGCUUCAUCCGAAUACCAAUCCAUCCCUUUAAGUAAGAUCGAAGAUUUUGGCGUACACGCAAAUCAAUACUAUCCGCUGGAAGUGGAAAUCUUCAAAUCAAGUCUCGAGACGCAGUUAUUGGACUUGCUUUGGAACAAAUACUGGGUUAACACUCUCAGUCAGAGCCCAUUGGUUUCUAACAGAGCAUAUGCUGUAUCUCAGCUAGCUGAUCUGAACCAGAAGUUGUCUAAAGUUCAAUCAUCUGUAGCUGGAACGAAAGCAUCGCUCCCACAAAAAGAAUCAUCAAAGGAGGAAAAGAAGAAAGAGAACGAACUCGCGAAGAGUGUGAAAGACAGUAACAAAAUUGCUGCUGAAGCCCAGCACGGACUCAUAGCUCAAAUCAUUAAAGACGUCAUUUUCUCGAUACGACCGGGAAGUGGAAAAACUGAUACGUCCCAGAUAGGGGAAAGUAUGAACAUCGGUUGA